UGGAUAUUUCUCAGUUGCUUUUUUAGAAAAGUUUUCUAAAUAAAACAAGUCUGUUUAAAAUGAGAAAUUGACUCCAGGACAGUUUUUCUGCAUUGUCUUUAGGAAUUUAAAGGUGUGUUAAUCAAGGACACUUCCCAGCCUUGAAGCAGGAGGAGGAGGAGCUGUGAAGCAAAGCACAGUUGUUGUGUUGUGGGUGCCAGGAAUACAACACAUACAGAUGGAGCUGGAGGAAGAGCCUAUGGCUUCUGGGCUCCAGGGCUCCAGAAAAAGUGAGAUCCAAGGAGACUCCUGCACAGCAAGCGAUAGCACUAUGAGUGAAAAUGAGGAGGAGAAACCUAAUCAGGAAGAACUUGAGCAGGAUGGGUUAUCGCAACCAGCUGAAGCCCACAGUCCUGGCUGGGGGAAAGCCAGGCCAGAAAGGCAGCAGAGAAAGAGAUGCAUUAAAUCCGCUCAUCAAGCAAGAGGAUCUAAGAAACUAAAAGCCACCCUUAAUCAACAGAAACCCCCCAGGGAAGAGAGUCCCUACAUAUGUACAGAAUGUGGAAAAAGCUUCAAGGGGAGUUCGACCUUCUUGAACCAUCUGAAAAUCCACACAGGAGAAAAGCCCUUUGAAUGCCCUAAGUGUGGGAAAAGCUUCAGCAGAAAGGCAAACCUUGUGGUACAUGAGAGAAUCCAUACAGGAGAGAGACCCUAUAAAUGUAAAGAAUGUGAGAAAAGCUUUGGCCGGAGCUCAAAUCUAAUUGCACACCGUAAAACCCACAUGAAAAAGAAAUCCUAUGCUUGUGCUGCAUGUAGCAAAAGCUUCACUUGCAGCUCAGCCCUUGUCCAGCAUCAGAAAAGCCACACAGAAGAGAAACCUUACAAAUGUCCUGAAUGCAGGAAGAGCUUCCGCCUGAGCUCAAACUUCCUGAAACAUCAGAAAGUCCAUGUGAGAGAGACAUCCAGUGAAUGUGCAACAGGUAACUUGAUUGCUUAG